GUAUUACCGAAACACCGAAAGGAUUGGAUGCCAUUACAAGAAGAAGAAGAAGUCCCGUACGGAAACAAAGGAGUGCUCUUUCCAGUAUAGUUAUAUGUAUUUCAAUGCUACUGAUCAAACAGAAAAUUAUAAUUUUACUUAUUAAAACUUUUUAACUGAUUAUAUUUAACUAUUAUAUGAACAUAUUACUGCAAUUAUUACUUGAAUUUGAUUGAACUUUCAACAUGAUAAACCCGGAAGAUAUCAGUGAGAAAGAAUUAGAAGCGCUGAGAGGCGAUGCUGUAGGUGACAGCCUUUGCAGCAACAAAUGGAUAUUAAAUACUCUCAUGUCGUUAUGUGAGCUACAUAAAGAUGGCUGGACACAAGAACUGGAGGAUCGGCUUUGUAUAUUAUGGGAUUUAAGUGUGGACAAAGAAAUCACGUCACAUCUCGUGUCAUGUAAUUUUCUGGAAAUAACAAAGAAUAUACUAGAAAUUCAUGAUCAUUCACGAUUGAUUGAAAUAAUAUUAGGUAUCAUUGGCAAUGUAUGCUGCAACGAUGAUAAAAUGAUUGAUACAAUAGGUGAUGACAAAGACUUGGUAACACUAAUACUGAAUCGCUUGACCUCCGAUGACACAAGAAUAUUAAUUCAACUUCUCAGAAUUUUACAGUCUAUUUUGUAUAGACUUGAGAAAAAUGCGGCAUCAAAGUGGAUAGCUUAUUUGAUUGAGUUUGAAAUUUUUGGAGAUGCUAUCACCUUCAUAUUAAAGAGUUCAACCAACAAUGAAUUAUUAACAAUAGCAGUGAAGUUGCUCAGAUCUAUAUGCGAGAUAAACGUGGAGGAAAAGAAUUUCCUGGAGCAACUGUUCAACGUGGAUGCUCUGAUCCUAGCACUUUUAGAAUCCUUUAUGCAAUUCAUAUCAAUAGAAAUAGAUAGUUAUUCUACGACAGAGUUGACGUUUAUCAAACAUUGGUUGGGAGUGUUAAAUGCUACAAUUAUGUUAGACUCGUUCAAAUUUGAAGACUACGAGGACAAUGGGAUCGUUGCAAAAGUAAUGGAUAUUAUAUAUAGGAUAUUAAGACCGUAUGAACACUCGUACAAUCUAUUUCCAAUUCGGCAACUAGAUAUAGGUGUGAUUCAAGAAAGCUCGUGUAUACUUUUAAACUUCCAUUGUGGCUGUAAAAACUUUUCACCGAAAGUAGAUCAUCUCUUAGUAACUAUAAUGUUCUCCGUUAAGACAGGUAAUGAAAUUUUGCAAAUUGCAUGUGCAAUAAUCAGCUUUUCGUCUAUCCACGUACUUUUAUGUACAGGGAUUCAACGCUAUACACAUUCAGAUGAAAAAGAGGUAGAUUCGGACGAAAUAUUGGACAAGCUUUUGAACGACUUAAAUCAAUAUUGGAUACAAUCUAUUGGAUUUUCAACUGACGAACAAGUCGUAGAUGUAUUACGUUUGUGUGAGCCUGAACUUUGCAGAUAUUUGAUAAAUAUUGUACAAUCUGAUGCCACAACACCUGAAAUAUCUGAAAAAGUAAAGAGAGCAGUCGUUGCUUUUGAGAAAUCUUAAAAAUUACUUGUAUGUAUAUUUUAAUAUUAUUAUAUGUAUAAAUACAUAUACAUAUGUAUAAAUGAAGUUGACGUAUUUUUAAUAAAUCGCAUUUCCAUCUGUGAUUCACUACUGAGGAGCAAUAAAAAUGUUUGUGCAGUUUUAAAGAGAUUGAUGACGGGCGAAGAGAAGUAUGGUUCAUUUACAAUAACGUAGUGCGAAAAAGGUUGUGGGACAAGCAAAAUGAACCAUUAUUAAUUAUUAUAUAUCACAGGUCUAUCUGCAUACAAAAAAGGUGUCAUGUCGUUAAAUUAAAAAGAUAGUUAUUUAAUUUAGUCUGAUGUUAUAACUCGAA